UCCAAUUAGAAAUGAGAUGCAACGCAUCUUGCAGUCCAUGCACGCCUCCUCUUGCAAAUCGGAACCAUUCCUCAGUGACAACCUUUAAAUCCUAAAAUCCAAGAAAACAAAGGAAGCACAUUAUCAUGGACCUAAGGGAUUUUUACCUGUUGGCUGCUCUUAUUGCCUGUUUAAGGCUGGAUUCUGCAAUUGCUCAAGAACUUAUAUACACCAUUAAAGAGGAACUGCCUGAAAAUGUUCCAAUAGGAAAUAUACCAAAGGAUCUGAAUAUAUCUCACUUUAAUUCUGCAACAGGGACCAGUACCAGCUUAGUGUACAGACUGGUUUCCAAAGCUGGUGAUUCUCCUUUGGUAAAAGUAUCCAGUAGCACAGGGGAAAUCUUUACAACCUCCACAAGGAUUGAUAGAGAAAAACUAUGUGCAGGAUCUUCUUACACGGAUGAAAAUGAAUGUUUCUUUGAACUUGAAGUAGUCAUUCUCCCCAAUGAUUUUUUCAGGCUUAUAAAGAUAAAGAUAAUUGUCAAGGAUACCAAUGAUAAUGCACCUAUGUUUCCAUCAACGGUGAUCAAUAUCUCUAUACCAGAGAACACUCUGAUAAACAGCCGUUUUCCAAUUCCAUCAGCUGUAGAUCCUGAUACAGGCAACAAUGGUGUACAACACUAUGAGCUCUUAAAUGGACAAAGUGUUUUUGGGUUGGAUAUUGUUGAAACGCCAGAGGGAGAAAAGUGGCCUCAACUUAUAGUUCAACAAAAUCUGGACAGGGAGCAAAAAGACACAUAUGUAAUGAAAAUAAAGGUAGAAGACGGAGGAGAGCCUCAGAAAUCCAGCACUGCCAUCCUUCAAGUUACCGUAAGUGAUGUAAAUGAUAACAAGCCAGUAUUUAAAGAAAGUCAAGUUGAAGUCCAUAUUCCAGAAAAUGCUCCCACAGGGACUUCAGUAAUUCAGUUACACGCAACAGAUGCCGACAUAGGCAGCAAUGCUGAAAUUAAAUAUAUUUAUGGUGCCCAAGUGACUUUUGCCACCAAAAGGCUUUUUGCAUUGAAUAACACUACAGGAUUAAUUACUGUUCAGAGACCACUGGACAGAGAAGAAACUGCGGUUCACAAGUUAACUGUUUUGGCCACUGAUGGCAGCUCUACCCCUGCAAGGGCAUCUGUUACAAUUAACGUGACUGAUGUUAAUGAUAACCCUCCUAACAUCGAUCUCAGGUACAUUAUAAGUCCAAUUAAUGGCACAGUACACUUAUCAGAGAAAGAUCCCACCAACACAAAAAUUGCCCUUAUUACUGUCUCAGAUAAAGACACUGAUGUAAACAGCAAAGUAAUUUGCUUCAUAGAAAAAGAAGUACCUUUUCAUUUAAAGGCUGUUUAUGACAACCAGUAUUUGCUUGAAACUUCUUCAUUGUUGGACUACGAGGGCACCAAAGAUUUCAGUUUUAAAAUUGUUGCAGCUGAUACUGGGAAGCCAAGCCUCAACCAGACUGCCUUGGUAAGAGUGGAAUUGGAGGAUGAGAAUGACAACCCUCCAAUAUUUACCCAGCCUGUAAUUGAGCUUUCAGUUUCUGAAAAUAAUCGCAGAGGUCUAUAUUUAACUACUAUCAGUGCCACAGAUGAAGACAGUGGUAAAAAUUCAGACAUUGUUUAUCAACUUGGCCCUAACGCCUCAUUUUUUGAUCUGGAUAGGAAAACUGGAGUGUUGACAGCGUCUAGAGUUUUUGACAGAGAAGAGCAAGAACGUUUCAUUUUCACAGUGACAGCUAGAGAUAAUGGAACACCCCCACUGCAAAGCCAAGCAGCUGUUAUCGUAACUGUCCUGGACGAGAAUGACAACAGCCCUAAAUUUACACACAAUCAUUUUCAAUUCUUUGUAUCAGAGAAUUUACCCAAGUAUAGUACUGUGGGGGUCAUCACAGCCACAGACUCUGAUGCAGGGGAAAAUAAAGCUGUGACACUUUCCAUAAUGAAUGACAAUGACAACUUUGUACUUGAUCCAUACUCCGGGCUUAUAAAGUCCAAUGUAUCCUUUGACAGAGAACAACAGAGUUCCUACACGUUUGAUGUUAAAGCAGUGGAUGGGGGGUUGCCUCCUCGUUCUUCAACAGCAAAAGUAACCAUCAAUAUCAUGGAUGCCAAUGACAAUAGUCCAGUAGUAAUAUAUCCACCAUCCAACACAUCCUUUAAACUGGUGCCGCUCUCAGCAAUACCAGGAUCUGUGGUUGCAGAGGUCUUUGCUGUGGACAUUGACACUGGAAUGAAUGCUGAAUUGAAAUAUACCAUUGUCAGUGGAAAUAAUAAAGGAUUAUUUCGGAUAGAUCCUGUAACUGGCAACAUAACUCUUGAGGAAAAACCAACUGCAACAGAUAUGGGUCUGCAUCGUUUAGUGGUCAAUAUAAGUGACUUAGGGUACCCCAAACCCCUGCACACUCUAGUGCUAGUGUUUUUAUAUGUGAAUGAGACUGCAGGGAAUGCCUCCUAUAUUUAUGACUUGAUCCGCAGGACUAUGGAAACCCCUUUAGACAGGAACAUUGGGGACAGUAGUCAGCCGUACCAGAAUGAGGAUUAUCUCACCAUUAUGAUUGCUAUAGUGGCAGGUGCUAUGGUUGUAAUAGUAGUUAUUUUUGUUACAGUUCUUGUCAGAUGUCGCCACGCAUCAAGGUUUAAAGCUGCACAAAGGAGCAAACAAGGGGCAGAGUGGAUGUCACCAAACCAGGAGAAUAAGCAAAAUAAGAAAAAGAAAAGGAAGAAAAGAAAGUCUCCAAAAAGUUCCCUGUUAAACUUUGUUACCAUUGAGGAGUCUAAACCAGAGGACACAGUUCAUGAACCUAUCAACGGGACAAUAAGUCUUCCAGCUGAGCUGGAGGAACAAGGAAUAGGACGUUUUGAUUGGGGCACCACCCCCCAAACCACCUUCAAACCCAACAGCCCUGAUCUAGCUAAGCAUUACAAAUCUGCCUCUCCACAGUCUGCUUUUCAUCUUAAAGCAGACACACCUGUGUCAGUGAAAAAGCAUCAUGUGAUUCAGGAACUCCCACUGGACAACACCUUUGUUGGGGGUUGUGACACCCUCUCCAAACGAUCUUCCACUAGUUCAGACCACUUCAGUGCCUCAGAGUGCAGCUCCCAGGGAGGCUUCAAGACAAAAGGUCCUUUACACACCAGACAGGCUUGUGGAGUCUUAUCCCUGUCCUUCAAUGAGCACAAAUACAGCUGUGGGAGCUAUUCCUGUCAUCAAAUUCGCACUAAUACAGUAGUAUGAAUUGUGCACAUGCAUUUUCUGCAAAUUUAAAUUUAAUGUUUUUUUUUUUUUUUUUGGUUCAACAAAAUAAAAAUGCUGAAUUUUAUUUCUUUGAAAUCCAGAAAAAAAAAUCAUUUGGGCUUUUCCUGUUCAAUUUAUUUAUUUUUGGGCUGGGAGGGAAGAUGCAAUAGUAUUUGUUUAACAUGAAAAUAUUUCUGUGACCAAUAUAACAUGAUCUUUUGUCGUUCACAAAUCUGAUGUGUAUGAGUAAAUUCAAAAUUUAGUAAAACAAGAAUUAAAAAAAAUAUAUAUAUACUUUGGACCUGAUGUGUUAUACUGGAGUACCGCAAACAUGACAAUAUUUAAUUAAAAAAAACUGUAAAUAAAUAUAUAAAACCA